UCCGACGUCAUCAUAGACCAGCCCCCUCUACUGGCGUUAUUUUUGCCAAAUUCAAUCUGCUGCGCCUUCUAAAAGUAAAGAUGGAUUUAGUAGAGGUGUUGAGAAAUGCGUUUACAUUUAUAUAUAAGAAAGCCCAGCUCUGGACUGUAGGUGGUGGUAUUACUGUUGUCGUACUUGGACUUGGAUAUACGUUUUUACUAAGGCCGAAGAAAGUUACCCGCGUGGGAGUUGUGUCACAGAUACUCAUUCACCCACUGAAGUCGGGUAGAGCUGUCUCCGUGGCUCUUGCAGAAUGUAAACAGAUCGGUUUGAAGUACGGUGAACUUAGAGAUCGGCACUGGCUGGUGAUCACUGAGGAUGGCCACAUGGUGACGGGGAGGCAGGAGCCUCGCCUAGUGCUGGUGUCGUUGACCAGUGAGGGGGGACAGAUGUGUCUGAAUGGACCCGACAUGGAGCAGCUGAGGUUCCCCGUUCUGCAGCCUGACAAUCCCAUCAUCAACUGCAGGGUGUUUAGCAGCGACAUUCAAGGCAGGGACUGUGGCAACGAAGUGUCUAGCUGGCUCACCAGCUACCUGGCUGCUGAGAAAACCUUUCGCCUGGUGCACUUUGAGCCCCACAUGAAGCCCAGGAGGCCAGCAGAGACAGAGUCUCUCUAUCCUCAGAGUGAAAAGAUUGCGUACUCUGAUUGUGGCCCGAUAAUGUUGCUGUCUGAAGCCUCUGUGAAGGAUCUAAGCAGCAGGCUGGAGAAUGACGUCACAGUGGCACGCUUUCGACCAAAUAUCAUCAUUAGCAGUUGCGAAGCGUUUGAUGAGGAUUCUUGGGAAGACAUCCAGAUUGGCGAUGUGCGGAUGCACCGCGUGAUGGCAUGCGGAAGGUGCAUCUUCACCACGGUCGACCCUGAAACAGGAGUCAUCAGUAGGAAACAGCCACUGGAGACGCUAAAAAACUACCGACUGUGUGAUGAAGCUGAGAAGCACAUCUAUAAGACAUCGCCACUGUUUGGACAGAUGUACACCGUCAGCAAGAUUGGGAUCCUGCAGGUUGGAGAUGUGGUGUACAAGAUAAGCCGCUGAGCUGGAUGGAGGACUUAGCACAAACAGACUGGAACUGAGGCCAUCAUGCCAAGUCCUUGUCAUGUUUGGCUUGACAAGGACAGCAAUGGAGUGGGAAAGAGCCCAAACAGAUCUGGGAGAAGGCUUUGUAAAGGUCAGGGCAUUUCCUGUCACAAAAUAAAGUAAAGGUUAAAAUAAGUCUUUUUUGCCAGAUCAUAUAUGUUGAUGAUAUUAAAUGUUAAAUAGAAAUAUGAAAAAUAAAUUAAACACCCUUUAUGAUUGAGAACAUUAUAGAUGGGUUUUAUGUUCUAUAUUGUUUGAGCAAAGACUUCUGUAACAUUUAUAUGAGUCUGAUGAAGGCAAUUGACUGCCAAAAUGUCACGAUUUGUAAUAUUUAGAUAAAUAAAGUAUGUUUUUAAUUGA